GUUUUGACCUCAUGACGUUUCAUCACGUGCUUGUACUACUUCCGGGGUUGCUCGCUCUUCAGCAUGCUUUUCGGAAGUGUAUACCCACAUAACAUGUGUAUCUAAAAAAUCUGGAAAUAAGAUGAGUUCUCAAAAAGGUAAUGUCACUCGUUCUCGAGCCCAAAAGCAUCAAAACAACACUGCCUUCAGAAACAACAAGUACGGAGCGACUGCACAAGUGAAGGUAUCAAACGCAAAGAUCCAUGAUGGGCUCUGUAAACACUGUAAGGGUGUUCUGGAGUGGAAAGUCAAGUACAACAAGUACAAGUCACUGACACAACCCAAAAAAUGUAUCAAGUGUUCUCAAAGGACAGUGAAGGAUGCAUACCACAUCCUCUGUAAGCCCUGUUCUCUUGAGCUAGACAUCUGCUGCAAGUGUGGGAAGAAAGAGCAAAUUGUUAUCCCAAUUAACAAGAAUGAUGGAGAAGAAGAAGAAAAAGAGGAAGAAGAUGAUAAAAAAGUUGUUGAAGGGAGAAAAAAAGGACGUGGACGAGGGAAGAAGGACUUGGAUGACUUAGACAGUGAUGAUGAUGAUCUCAGUGACUUUGGAGAUGAUGAUGAAGAGGGAGAGGAUUUGGAUAGUGGUUCAGAAUCAAAGAAGACGCAAAACAAGUCUGAUGCUCUCCCAGAUGUGUCCCGGGUCAGAUUUAAUGACUAAAGACAGGGGGACGGUUGUCGGGUACCAAGUGGACCUUUUUUCUUUUUUUAACAUAUUUAGUUUUAUAAUCAAAGUACAGUAUGAGAUUUGAGAGGUGACCUUACUCCAAUAUAAUCAAAUAAAACAUGUUGUUUGAUUCAGAACACAGAAGAUGUUCAGAGAUUAUAUUCAAACGUGGGGGAGUUGAGUUAACACAAUUUCAUCUGUUUUCUUUUCCUAUUUUCUCGCCCAACACCUCAAAAAUAAAUAUCGACAAAAUAAUAACAGACUUUGAAAAUAUCUGAUGGUUGCAUUUCUUUUUUACUGUACUUUCACAAACCCACUCUCAAAGAUUGGGUAGUGUAAUUAAAACAUGUACAUUAAAGACAUUCAUUUGA